AGUCUCUCGGCUCACAUUCCUAGGACGUGGUCAUCGUGCUCAAUAUAUGUCUGCGGACCGGGUUUCUGGAUGACAUGCCUUCGACUGACGGUCUCGAAGAGCGAUCACGAUAUAUUGGGCGCUUUCAAACUCGCAAAUGCAUACUGCCCAUCGAGGUACUCGAAGAACUCGUAGCGUUCCGUUUCGCGACGAACCAUGCAUUCUCGUCAAUCGCCAAUCUCUCCCUUGUCUCGCGCCAAUUUCGUCAGCUGGUGCUCAAACGAUUCUUCGCAAAGUUCCAUGCGAAGUCCGCCGCACAUUGGACGCGAUGCUGCCAGAUACCUGGCGUGUUCAAUUGGGUUCGGACCUUGCAUUGCUUCUCUGGGACGCUCUCUGUACAACCUUCGUUGCUCGGCUGCUUCAAGAGACUACAAAUCAUCGAACUUGACUUUUCUUCCGACGGCCUCGCCACGCAAUCCGACCGGAUCUCGUUCAUCUUCUCUCACCUCACGUCUAAUAUCACCGAACUCAGGCUGAAAUGCUUGCCGCGUAUUGACCACCACUUGCUCGCUUUGAUUGCUUCGCGAUUCACUGCUCUCGAGAUGCUUGAUCUGACCUGCGCCGAUCGGCUGGAUGAAGCUUGCUGCUGGCUAUGCUAUGAAGAAUCCUCCAGUUGCUCUGAUCAUUCUCCCGUUCCUGACUGUCAUAGCUCUGUUGAAGACUUAUCGGUGGCCUUCGCAACGGCUCUCAAGCCUUUGAAACGUCUCGAACAUCUCUUCAUAGGCAUCUUUCUCUCUGAUCUUGACCUGCUCUACGAACAUCUCUCCCACUGGCAUGAAUUCAACGUAGAAUUCGUCGGGACUUACGGACCUGAUUCCUGCCCUGCCUGUUUGGAGCGACACUCUUCCUCGGUCAGGCAGAAGGAACUGAUCGCCAGUGUUUCCAUAGCUAGGACGCUGCCGUUCCUUAAGACGAUCUCCUGGAAUACCUUCUUUGCUGAGGAUCAACCUGGAGAUGACGCGGGGGCGAGAGUGACUACGUUGUGGAUCCGAAGAAUCGAUGGAUUCAUCCAAGCAAGGAGGGCGCCUUGGUAGACAUGGCGGACUACAGUCUCGACAACUUCUACUGCCCUUCAAACACGCUGUCUAUGCAAAGAUUUCUCCAUGUACAUGCCUACAAAUGAAGCAGUAAAUAUGAUGAG